CUGGCACUUGGUCUCGUCUCACGUGGGUCUCUUCUGUAGACCAGGAAGUGCCGAGUCCGACUUCUACAAAUGAGAACAAAAAUUAAUCACUAAAACAGUUGCAAUCAGUACGAUUGUGGCAUUAUUUCGCUAAUUGUGUAACAGUUUUGUAUCUCACGUUUCUUAUAUCGUAUUGCAGCUAUUUUGGAAGAGGUUUCCUGUUUUGAAGUCACGAUUUAUGGAAAAACAGAUCGUUGCAUUGAAGGAUAAAUUGGCACAAUUAGGAAAGAAAUCAGAGCCGUUUGACAGCAGUGGCGGAACAAGAGUUUUAUACAUGGGGUGGCCACGGGGUGGCUAAGGCUACUUCAGGGGGUCCAUAGACCAUGACAGAAAAUGUGUGUGUAACCCUAAACUGACAUGUAAGGAGCAUGAAUGAAUCCUAUGAAUCCUAUGAUUCACUUAACCCGGAGUUAUUCAAUGUGGCAGAUAGUGUGGUCCAAAAGGGUUACUUCACUAGAAUUCUUUAAAAUACUAUGAAUAGUCAGUGUCUCUACCUCGGAACUGCAGCUCAAUUUCUCUCACUCACUCACUCACUCACUCACUCACUCACUCACUCACUCACUCACUCAAAGUACUCACAUACCGGAGAGACUUGGGUCACUCUGUUUUCAUGAGUAUAUAAUCUGGUUCUAUAAGUGUUGAACGUCCAACAUAUUUUCAGAAAAUAAAGCUCAAGCACCAAGGAGAUAAGAUAGCAUUUGUGUGUUACAUAAAUUUACAAAAAAGUACAUUUGCCCAAAAACACACUGCAAUUUGACAUACCAGGUAUCAAGCAGAAAUGGACUUGAAAUGGACAAACUUACAGUAUCAUAUUUAUGCUCAUAUAUAUUAUGUUAACUAAUAGCAAAGAAACGUUUUGGAAUUGUCCUAAGGUGGGUUUUAAUCAGUUCCAAAGCUGAGAAGCUUCUCUCGCAAGAAACACUGCUGACUGGUGUAACAACAGGAAUCUUACAAAGUCUAAAUAGCUCAUGGAAGACCUCUUUACAAGGUUCUAGAAACACAACAAAGACAAGGAGAGUAGACGUUCUGUCCCUUCCACUUUUCUCUCCCCUAUCAAGAAGCUGCCUGGUUUGAUGAACCUCAUGUUUGAGGUCCUCUAAAUCUGACUCAAAGGUCUGAGCAAAGGCAAACAGAGACUCUUCAUUCAAGAAUGUUGUAGUAUUUGGGGUGAGAGACUGGACCCCUUGCAUUAUCUCGCAAUUCUUCUUUGAAAAACGCCUCUGCAGCUCCUGUGAGACUGUCAAGCACCUGAUAAAAGAUAUCUCUUUGGAAGCUCUCACCAUCACUUUGGUCUCUAUUUUUCUGUCCUACAGUGCUCAUCAUCAAUGAGUCGUGAAAUCUUAAGCUUGUUUUAGGCUAUCCUUGCCUCCACUGAUCUAUCACCACUAUUUUCAAGUGUGAUAUCCUGUAGCACUCUCAAAACCUCUGGAAGCCUGUCCCUCAGAUUACGGCAUACCAUGUAUCUGCAUGCCCACCUUACAUCCGUAAGUCUCCGUAGUUCCCUGGGCUGCUGCUGUGGAUACAGCUCUUUCUGAACUGCAAGCCACUUGAGACGAACGUACGAGCCAGAUACAAAGUUAUAAAGCUUCUGCAGGAGAGCAAAAAAAAUAAACUGCCUCAGGCACUGAUUUUACAGAUUCAAACAAUGUUCAUUACAGUGCACAUAAAAUGCAAAUCUUGCACUGUUUUUAAUCCGUGCAGACACACCAGAAUCCUUUCCGCUCAUGAUGGAUGCACCAUCAUAGCCUUGCCCCACAAGAUUAUUUCUGUAGUCCAGACCAUGUUUUUCAAGGCAAUCAAUUUUGUGAGACCUGCUGCAUCUAAGCUUUCAGCUGACUGAAAGUGUAAAAAACUUUCGUGGAUGUCCCCGUUGUAAUAUAGUACCUCACAACUAAAGAGUUUUGUUAUUUUUUCUUUACAUCUUUGAUUUCAUCUGCAAUUACACUAAACACUUUGCUUUCUUUUACUUCUCUUAUUAUUUCACUUUGUACCAUCUCGGCUAAGCCCCCAAGAACUUUGUUCUGGAUUUGGUGGCCUGUGUACUUAGCAUUGCCAAAUGCAUUCAUCCUUUUCUCUAUGAGAGGGUCAUGCUUUGCUAUUAUAGGAGCACAUCUGCAAUUGUUUUAAUGUAAGUACAGUUUCCUCCACUUUCUUUUUCCGGGUUCUCAUUUAUGACGACAUCUAACAUUGAUGAGUUGCUGUCAAUAGCCCUUUUAUGCUGGUUCCAAGCAUAUGUAGCAUUGAUAUGAUGCUCUGCCUUUCGAAUGGAACUUAAACCCAGAAUCUUUAAACAGAGCCUUUUUCCAGUUACAAAACCCUGACUGUGAUGUGUGAAGGCAGAUUCAGGUGUAUUGGGCAGAGAAAAAUGCCUACAGGCGAAACAAUAAGUAGAAUCUUGAUUUACAGAAUAUUCAUGAAUUGUCUUUAUACCAGGGGCUGUUGAAAGCCCUUUUCCUAGUAUCAUGCUGAGUUCUGGGAAAUGUUUUCUAACACGGCUGAACAGGACCCUCUUCUCUGGAUCUUGACAUGUCUGAAAUACACGUUAAAUAAUGUGUCAUAUCUCUAGGGAAAUGUAUAAUUAAGGGAUCCACAAGAUUAGAUACUAACAGCUGCUAACUAAAAUGUGCAGUUUAAGGUAUAGGCCUGGCCCACCAUUGGGUCCUUUUGGAACAGAAGUCUAAUAUCUCCCCCUUUCUUUUCAUGUUUAAUUGAUCCUAUGCAAAAACAAGACAGUCUAUGGUUACAUCUAAGCAUCCAAUUACCCACAUUUUAGUCCAAUCUCAAUCUUAAUUACAAAUCCUCAUUGUCAUAACUGUAUCUUAAAAUCAAUUACCAGCCUAAGUUACUAGUUAGAUCAUGGCUAGCCCUACUCUGCAGUAAGUAACUUAGCUAGCUAUAAUUUCUUACACCGUUACAAUAGCAAACUGCCUAUUGUGGUAAUCUUUUGAGUAACAUUAACAGAUUGAUAAUAACAAUUGUUCGUUUUGAGUUCAUGUACAAAAUUCUAACUGAGUUAAUGAAUUUCAAAUUGCUGAAUGUUAACUUGCUGAACACUGACAGCUGUAAUUUACUGCACUGUAUAUGCAUGUAUUACUUGCACAGAAGUAGACAUAAUGUUAGGCUAAAUUGGGAACUGAUCUCUUAUCUGUUAAUGGAGGCAAAGGUCUAACGUUAACUUACACAGCGACUCAACUUUCGUAAAAGUUGAUCAGGAAACCUAAACCCGAUGCUAAACCUUAAAGCUUACUUCAAAUAUGAUGUAUUCGCAAAUCGCGAAAAGAGUUCGUAGAGCUGUUUUUUUUUGUAUGUUCUUCUUAUUCUUCUGUAUCUCGCAACGAACGUAAAUUGUCUCUCUUCCUCGAUUUGAAAAAUGCGCCGUUGAACGUCAAAAUAAAUGCUUCUUUCAACAAGAGGUGAAAUGAGAUGCCAAUCAGCAUCAAACUGCCAGUAGCGAAUUACAUUUUGGGGUGCCACCCGGUGUGGCCAAUCAGAUGUCAGGGGUGUCCAGUGCCACCCCAGACACCCCUCUGGCUCCUGUUUGAGAGGUCUACAGCUGCAGGAGAAAGUGACAACACCUCCACCUCUGAAACCCAAGGCAGCCCUGUCCAAUGAAGACAUCAUGCGCUACAGCAGACAGCUUCUGCUGCCAGAGCUGGGUGUACAAGGCAGGCCAGCUGAAUCUCUCCCAGACAUCAGUGCUAGUUGUAGGGUGUGGAGGACUAGGCUGCCCCCUGGCACAGUAUCUAGCUGCAGCAGGAAUCGGUUGAACUCCACUGUAGAAUGCAUUCCCUACCACCUCCAGCUCUCUCCAGAGAACACCUUACAGCUCAUCCAACAGUACGAUAUUGUGGCUGACUGUUCAGACAAUGUUCCCACCCGCUAUCUGAUAAAUUAUGCCUGUGUCCUCAGUGGCAAGUGCCUAGUAUCUGCCAGUGCCCUGAGAAUGGAGGGCCAGUUGACAGUGUAUAACUACCGUGGAGGCCCCUGCUACAGGUGUUUGUACCCAAAGCCUCCACUCCCGGAGAAAGUGACCAACUGCUCUGAUGGAGGGGUCCUAGGAGUAGUACCAGGGAUCAUGGGAUGCUGCUUCCAAGCGUUGGAGGUCCUGAAGAUCGCCUCAGGACAGGGCUCUUCCUGUGGCCAACAGCUGUUGAUGUUUGACGCCUAGGAUGCCAAGUUCCGCUCCAUCAGGCUGCGGACCAAGCAGGCCAGCUGUGCGUGUGGAGAAAGAACCCCCACUGUCACACACUUAGUGGACUAUGAGAAGUUCUGUGGUUCUACUGCCACAGAUAAGUGUCAAAUACUAAACCUUCUCUCCAAAGACCAGAGGGUAUCCGAGUAUAAAGCUAUAGUGGACAACACGGCUGUUCAUCUCCUGCUGAACGUACGCCCUCUAGUGGAGGUGGAUAUAUGUUACCUGCCCACCUCCCUCAACAUUCCUCUCUCCUGUUUAGAGAAGAGCAACAGUGAACACAUCCAUGUGCUGAAGGAGAGAAUUGGCCAAGUGAAAGAGCAGAUGUCGAGUGCAUCCCAGGUCCCAGUUUAUGUGAUCUGUAAGCUGGGUAAUGACUCCCAGAAGGCAGUUCAGGUCUUGGAGAGAAUGUCAGGUUCUGAGGUAGACUGUGUCACUGCGAAUAACAUCUGUGGGGGACUGAUGGCCUGGGCCCAGAAGAUAGACCCCUCUUUCCCUCAGUAUUGACUCAACGUCACAGGUUCUACACCGAGGGUUCAUCACGGAAAGCUUAAAGAUCAUGUAGGUUUUUCUGAGAGUGUGAGAUAUCAUUGGUUCCAUAUUUCAGUCUGUUUCAAGAGGAAAUUCACGCCAGUCGGUCAUUCAGAUAUAAUGUCCAUACAGUCCUCUUCCUCCACCAGCCCUGCCUUGUAAGUAGUGUAUCAUGUAAUCAUAACAACCGUUUUUCUGCCUUAACAUGUUUUAUGUAUUCUGGUUGCAUUGGGUAUUGCUUCCCUGACAGACAAUUCUUAGAUUAAUUAGUUACAUCUCACUGAAAAGUGAAAGAAAUCGUUUCAUGUUUUCAAGAUUGUGCUUUAAAUGGCAAGUGAACUGUUGUACAGGAAAAAACAAAACAUUGUAAUCCAUUGUCAUAACCUUGUUCCUGUUCCAGAUUGUUCUA